AUGUUGCGGAAUCAAAAGGUUACACCUGUAGAAUCCAGCGACGAACUUACCGUGGGGUCUUAUUAUUACAUUCUUAUGAGGAAUGGUAAUGAGAAUAAAGAAACCAUAGGUCAGAUUGUUGACAUCAAACUGGCUGAUUUUCAAGAAGCUGCAAUGCUUGUUCCAAGAGCAUAUUCAAUAACCUCGAACACAACAAAAACAACAAAUAGUGCUUCAAUAUCACCUUGUUCUUCAGCUGAUGAUGGUCCUCAUCGACCUAUAUUUGAUUCUGUAGAUCAAAAUGAUUUAAAAGAAAAUAUGAGAAAUGGACAAAUAGUCAACAAUAAUAUAAAAACAUUUGAAAAUGAAAUAAUUAAAAAUGAAUAUAAAGAAGAAAUAUCAGAUACAGUAUUAGAUGAAAGAAUGGAUACAUCUUCAGAAACUGAUGUGAAAAGUGAUUUUAGUGAUGUUAAAACACAAAAAAAAUAUCUUUAUUAUGUUCAUUAUCAUGGACAGGAUCGUCGCCUAGAUGAAUGGGUUGACCGAUCGAGAUUUUUAAAACAUAUUCAUGUUUCACCCGGUACAGAUCCAUUUGUUAUUUCAACUCCAGAUUUAAAAAAUGAGAAAGAAUUUUUUGCUGGUACAUUAACAAGACAACAAAAAUUAUAUCAACAAGAAUUUUGCCAUGUACAAAAAUCUUUUAAUGAUCUUGAUGCAACGACAGCUUUAUUAGAACGUGAACAUACAGAGCGAACAAAAGUUCGGAAUGUUGAAGUUAUCAGAUUAGGGAAUUACAAAAUGGACACAUGGUACUUUUCACCAUAUCCAUCAGAGUUAUGUUAUAAUCAUCAAUUAUUUAUUUGUGAAUAUUGUUUUGCAUACUUUAAUAAUUCACCAUUUUAUAAGUAUCAUAUGAAAAAUGAGUGUUCUUAUAGACAACCACCAGGAGAUGAAAUUUAUAGAGAUGGUAAUUUAUCAUUGUAUGAGGUUGAUGGAAAAUAUAAUAAAAGAUAUUGUCAAUACUUGUGUUUGUUAUCAAAAUUAUUUUUGGAUCACAAAACAUUAUAUUUUGAUGUUGAACAUUUUCUUUUUUAUAUUUUAUGUGAGGUUGACGAUUAUGGCGCUCAUAUUGUUGGCCAUUUUUCUAAAGAAAGGGCGUCAAUGAACAAUCUUGCUUGUAUUAUAGUGUUUCCUCCUUAUCAACGUAAAGGAUAUGGACAAUUCCUUAUUCAGGUAAGCUAUGCUUUAUCAAGUAGAGAAGGGUAUAUAGGAACACCUGAGAAACCAUUAAGUGAUAUGGGAAAAGUUAGUUAUCGUAGUUAUUGGUGGUGGAUUUUAUUAAAAGCUUUAGAUCAUGCUUCUUUGGAACAUGUGCCAUUACAUGAGUUAUCUCUUACAACAGGAAUUCAUGAAGAAGAUAUUAUGACAACAUUACAACCGAUGAAUUUAUUAAAACCAUGGAAUGGAAUAACCUUUGUAAGGUGUGGUAAAAAAUAUAUAGAACACUUAAAAACACUAAAUUUAACUAGACCUCCUAAACUACUUUUACAAGUUGAAUUGUUACGAUGGCUACCGAAGAUACGUCGCGACGGAUUUUGA